AUGUCCCCUCAAGAUUCGGGCCAAAAUAUCCGCGUAGUAGUACGCUGCAGAUAUGGACGGUCCGGUAGUGGGAAAACCUACACAAUGACGGGCGAACGAUCAGAUACACUCCGAUAUGGUUGCGAAAUGGAUCCUGUCAUUGGCCUUGUCCCUCGAGCUCUUAGUGACAUUUUUAAUUAUCUAGAAUCAAUUGAUUCUCUUGGUGGUCGAACUAAAACUUCGAUAAUAGCGACUAUUAGUCCCAGUAAUCUGCGUCUCGACAAAACUUUAUCCACUUUGGAUUACGCUCAUCAUGCAAAAAAUAUACAAAAUAGGCCCGAAGUCAACACCUGCUUAAGCAGGAAGGAAAUGGUGCGAAGCUACAAUGAUGAGCUUGAGCGUCUUCGUCGGGACAAUUUGUAA